AUGGAUUGGGAAAUUCAAGCAGCGGGUGCUCCAGUGCGUUACGCCUUUGACGAUGACGAAAGCGAUUCCGAAGCCGAAGUUUCUACUACUAGCAGCAACAAAGCAGUAUCCGUUGACAUUGGUCUGACCACACCGAUCCCCUCAGAGAAAUGCACUUUGGUCAUUGGCUUAAAAGGACCCGGUAGCCUAUAUGUCAAAGCGUUAAAAAACGGCGUGAGUGCUGCAGGCACAGUUUCGAUCAAGACAGAAGAAAAAGAUAAGCCUACACAAACAAAGGAACAUCCCAUCUUCCUUUUAUCACCAGAUGUACUUGGCGUCUCGUUCCAAGAUGUUGUGGAGAAUGAUCAAGUGUAUGCAGUGGUGAAACCUAUCUUUGAGUUGGUCGGGGAUCGAGUAAAAAGCGUCGUUGUGCUGGAUGCUCUUCCAAGUGCCGAGUAUCUCCAUACCGGUGAUCGUGAUGAUCUCCUUCCACCAUGUCUUCGGAUAUUACAGUCAUCUGCUGCCUCAUCUGUGCCUGGUCUUGAAUCAUUGGAGGUACCCAACAUGCUCAAAGGAUUAUCAGCUGCAUUCACGUCCUUGUGCGAAGUGCGGAAUGUCCCAUGUUACACAUUGGUUACUAUGCAAGAGUACUAUCUCGGUAAGCCGAUUGUUACCCUCGAAACCGUUGAAGCAUAUAUCCCUGCAUUGAAGAAGAUUGGUUUGGACAAGCUGGUGUAUCAGACGGCCGACAUGCAGGCGUUGUUGAAGACGGAGCAAUCUGGUGCUGUAAACCGACUGUAUCUUUAA